GAAAACUGUCUACUCCGCUAUUUCCGAGAGCGCCUCCUUUUCUCGUUCUCGUUGUCUAUUUUCUUAUUUUUACCAUCUGUACACUACUUCCGUGCAUACACUUUAGUGCCUGCUUGAAGCACAGUUGCUGAGCGGCAAAUCAUCUGCGUUGUGGCGCCAGUUGCUGGCAUCGCUUUCUCGGUCCCACUGGGGGAACACCCCUCCCCCUCUCCCGCAAGAACAAACGCCCUAUAACACAACACCACUUGUUUUUGCGGUUGGGGCAUGCAUCAUGUCCAAUAAGACGAAGAAAGGGCCCAAAUUGCCCGUGCAACAGCUCGCAAUCCUCGCGAUUGCGAGGUUUGCCGAGCCCCUGGCCCUCACCUCGGUCUUCCCCUAUCUUCCCGAGAUGAUCGCCAGCUUCGGCGUCGAGAAGAACGAGGUCGCACGAUGGGCCGGUCUCACGGGAGCCAUCUUCUCCAUCGCCCAGAGCUGUACUGCCGUCGCCUGGGGCAGGGCCUCGGACAAGUUUGGUCGCAAGCCCGUCAUCCUCACCGGCCUCGCCAGCACCAUGGUAUGCUUCCUGCUCUGGGGCGUGUCGACGAGCCUCCCCAUGGCCAUCACCAUCCGUGCCAUCAUGGGUGGCGGCAACGGCAACGUCGGCAUCAUCAGGACCAUGGUAGCAGAGAUGGUGCCAGAAAAGUCUCUGCAGCCAAAGGCCUUCUCCCUCAUGCCUCUUGUCUGGAGUAUCGGUUCCGUCUUCGGCCCUGCCUUUGGCGGCUUCUUUGCUCGCCCUGCCGAGCAGUAUCCCAACCUCUUUGGCAACAUCGACUUCUUCAAGCGCUAUCCCUUUGCUCUGCCUAAUCUGAUGGCCUGCUGCGUCUUCUUUGUGUCUUUUAUGACCGGCUUACUAUUCCUCAAGGAAACCCUCCAGAGCAAGCGUCACAAGCGCGACUGGGGCCUGGUGCUGGGCGAGAAGCUGACCAGGCCCUUUCAGCGGCCCAAAGCGCACGCCAGGCGGAGGAGGUUAUCCUUCGUUGACGACGAGGCAUCAGCUCCGCUACUCGCCGACAGAUCCUUAUCAAACUCGGAGCAAAUCGCCGCCAAAGAUGAGCCCGUCACGAACCGGGAGAUCUUCACCUACCAGACCAGCAUAAACCUGCUCUCGUACACAUUCCUGGCCCUGCAUUCCGUCGCUUACGACCAGGUUCUGCCCGUAUUCCUCAACUAUCCGCGCGUGGUCCCGGACGAGACCAAUACUCGCCUUCCCUUCAAGUUCACUGGCGGCUUCGGCCUCAGCUCCGACAAGAUCGGUACCAUCUUUACUGUGUACGGCAUCGCUUGCGGCAUUGUUCAGUUCUUCCUCUUCCCGGCCCUCUGCGCCCGCUUUGGCGUGCUCAACUGUUUUCGAGCAAGCACCCUCAUCUUCCCGCUCAUCUACCUCCUCACUCCCUACACCGCCCUGAUCCAGGACACCACGAUCCGUUACACUGUCUUCCUGACCAUCAUGCUCGUCAAGGGCUUCGUCGUCAUCGUCGGCUUCCCCUGCACCACCAUCCUGCUCACCAACUCGGCCUCGUCCCUGCGCGUCCUCGGCACCCUCAAUGGCUUCGCUACCACCUUCAGCGGCCUCGGCCGCGCCGCCGGCCCCGCCGCCACCGGCGCCGUCUUCACCUGGGGCGUCCGCAAGGGCUACGCCAUCGCCCCCUGGUGGCUGCUGGCUGCCAUCGCGCUCGCCGGUGCCGUCGUCCCCUGGUUCAUCGAGGAGGGCCAGGGCCCAACCCGCAGCCUCGGGGACGGCGCGGCGGACGACGGAGAAGGCGAAGGUCAAGGACGGGGAAGGGAGCGGGACGGAGGCAGCGAGGGUGCCGGUGGCGAGGAUGCCGCUCUGCUGGGAAGUUCCUCUACUACCUCGGACUCGGAUGCCGGGGGCGACGGCGCGGGCAGCAAGAAGCAGAAGAAGGGUUCUCAGUACGGCACCCUCUGAAAACGUCGGCGGCCGGGACUCGAGUGCGAACGCGGGCGAGGCGAGGCGAAUACGGAGGUAAAGAGGCAAGGGGUCAUUAAGACCAUGACGAAACGAGCGUAAUGUUGUGAAGCGAUACCAAAUACGGCAUAUCGAGACACGUCUUAUUAGAGAGGGUUGUUGGUGU